CCACUGUAGAUCUAUGAUAGUGUGAUUAAUAUACGCCUUCUUCUGUAUCUUUGACUUUAAUAACUUGAACGCUGUAAGACGAGUGUGUGAAGCGUGGCGGCGCUCUAACCUGCUGUGACGGAUGACAUCUUAGAGCAGGUGAAUCAUGUUUGACCUCUCUGACUUAAUGCAAAAACAACCAAAUGACUCUGAAGGGCAAAUUUAAAUUAGUUUUCAUCCUUCCCUGAUCCCUUUGAGGUAAAUUCAAAUUACAGCAGCACAAGAAAGAGUCUGAAGAGGAAGGAAACAGAGAGAGCUAUGUGAACGAUGAAUACAGCAGAUUUAAAACAUGUUUCUCCAUUGGACAGUUUGCAAGAACUUAUUUGAGGCCGACCUAAAGUCCUCCUCUCCCCGCCUUGGGGCAUUUGUCCCCCAGCAGGAGUCAGGGUCAAGAUUGGCAUCCAAUCAGCAAAUAGCAAAAUGGUGGUUCUAUUAAAACGUCUUCAGCCUGCCUUCACUUCCUGCUUACUCUACAAACAGCUUCACCUCCUCCACCCCAGAUCUGCUGUGUCUGAUUUUACCAGUGUCAUACAGUUGAGGUCAAAAUGAUUAGCCCCCCCUGGGAAUUAUGGAACAUUUUCCUUAAAUUCUGCCCAAUGUUUGCAUAAUUGAUAAAACAUGAUAUAAUCAAACAUUUACCGGUUUGGUGAUAUCUUGUUUACAUGACGGGAUGUCAUUUCUGUCUCUACAUGGUCGUGCGUUCACAAUUCUCCUCUGCUCUCUGUAUCGCGCACAGCAGAGUUCCGCCCCGAUGCGUCAAUAACCCCUGACCACACCUUUGUGAUCUGUUUUGUUUCUGACCUUGAUUAAGUCAAUUGAAGUCAAAUUACUCCCACACUCUCCCUUUUUAAAUUGUGAGCUGAUCACCUGUUUCAAAGUCUCUCUGUCCGGACUCUCAGAUGGGAAGGAACAGAGAGUGAGUGAAGAUGGACAAACUUCUUCUCAUCAUCAUCAUCGCUGCAUCGGGAGCGUGCGCUGCCUCUUCACAAGUUAUACGUCAGUACUAUUUUUACUAUGACGCCAAGACCUGGACCGAAGCCUUGCAGUUCUGCAGAGAGAAGCACACCGACCUGGCCACCAUCGACAGCAUGGAGGGAGUUAACACUCUGAGGAGCAUGGCAGAUUCAGGCAAAAUGGCCUCCUCUAAUAAUAGAGCCUGGAUUGGGAUGUAUGAUGACCUGGACAGCUGGAGAUGGUCUCUGUCAGACCCAAGUUUCUACGACCCUGGAGAGACCGAGUUCAGAAAGUGGAAUACUGGAGAACCUGACGCUUAUUCGGGUAUAGAGCACUGCGCAAUAAUCAAACAUGGAGGGUGGAACGAUGUAAACUGUUUGAGAGCCUAUCGGGCAAUCUGCUGUGACAUCACAGGUCCUAAUGUCUCAUUUGUCAUCACCCCCACCCCCAUGACAUGGACUGAUGCCCAGAGCUACUGCAGAGAACACCACACAGACCUGGCCAGUGUGAGGAACGAGGCAGAUAACCAGAAGGUAAAGGAAGUGGUUCUGUCUGGACUUUUAUUCUGGAUCGGCCUCUCCAGAGAGUCCUGGAAGUGGUCAGAUGGGGGUAACUCCUCCUUCAGGUACUGGUUCUCAGGUGAACCUAAUAACGCUGGUGGAGUUGAGUCAUGUGGGUUAAUGGCGUUCGAUCAUGGUGGAAAAUGGGAGGACCGGCCCUGUGACUACAAGAAAGCAUUCGUCUGCCAGACUACAGGGAUAUCAAAGCAAGUGUUCAGACUGAGUGUGCAGAAGAAGAACCCCUCUCUGGACCUCAACGAUCCUGCUGUGAUGGACGACAUCUUAGAGCAGAUCAAACAGAAGCUGAAGGACGGGGGUCUGGAUGAAAACAUCAAACUGAGCUGGAGGAAGCAGCCGGAUGGAAACGUCUUCCAGAAGGUGAAGACCGAGGAGAAGAAGAAGAAGGGGGAGGAGGACCUUUAAUGUCGUCAAGAGGACUUCUUUCUUUAACAUCCUGGUGUUGCAGGUUAAGCUUCAAUAAGUGAAGUUAGAACAGUUUGUUGUUAUUUAAUCUCUUAAGUCAGUUUCUAAUCUAAUCUAAUAAACUGUGUUGAGUUAUCUCUUGGCUUGUAGGACGAUGUAACAGGAGUCUGACUUUUCCUUACAUUUAGAGAUAGUUGAGAUGAAGUGUGUGUGUAUUUGUAGCAUCAGUCUCUGUGGCUGAUUCAGAGUGACUUCAUGUUGUUGUAAAAUGCACAAGAUAUAAAUAAAGUCCUUUAAAGUAA